AUGUUCGGUUUCGAUAAAGAAAUUACUUUGGUGUCUUAUAAACCGAAGUCAAAUAAGCUCGUUUACCUUAUUUCUACUAUACAUGAUCAACCUGCUAUCAAUAUCGAUUCAAAAAAGCCCGAAAUUAUUGAAUUCUACAAUUCCACAAAGGGUGCGGUUGAUACUGUAGACCAGAUGUGCUCGAUCAUGAGUACCAGCCGUAAGACCAAUCGAUGGCCGCUGUGCUUGUUCUACGACAUCCUAAAUUUGUCUAUAGUGAAUGCAUAUGUCAUCUACGUCUCUAAUGCGAUUCGAAAUGGAAAAAAACCUUUGAAAAGAAGGCCUUUUGCUUUAGAAAUGGCAGACGAACUGAUGAAGCCUUGGCUGCAAGAGAGAUAUCAGACUGUAAGUUUGCAACGAAAUUUGAAGCACAUCAUCGCGGAGAUCUUGAAAAUUCAUGAUCCCCAGGAAGGUCCUAGUCAAGAGGUUCCUAGAACUCGCAAAACUUGCAGCUACUGCCCUGCAAAAAAACGUCGUAUGACCACUAACUUCUGCAAGGGCUGCAAAAAAGCGAUUUGCAGGGAGCAUAUUGUUUCUAUGUGCAAUCAUUGUUCAGUGUAG